AUGCUGCAUGCGCUGCUGGUGCUGAUCGGCUCAAGUGGGCGCGUUGUGUUCGAGAAAGAGUGGGUCAAGACCAUCGCUGGCAGGGCAACGCUGUACGGAGGUCUGCUGACCACCAUCCAGACCUUGUCCAAGCAGAGCCUCGCCAUGCACCCCUCGUACAUCGAAUACGGCCAAGUGGCGGUGACGGUAGUAUUAGACGCCGACUACGAGAAGACGAGCAUGGUGUGCGCUCUGUUUCAUGACAUCGACGACGGACCAGACUUUGGCCGGCUGAUUGCCAAGGCCAUCCUCGCGGGCUUCCUCAAGGAGUACCCCGAAUUCACCGCCGCGGCCCGCAAGCCAUCGAUUCAGAAUCAGAAGUUCACCAAUUUUGCCAACAAGCUGGUGGACAUCAUCUCCAACGCCACGCAGUCCAUCCUCAACCAACUGAAAAUGAAGCACAAAGGCCUGGUGAGUUCCCUCCUCCUGUUCGACGAGGGCCAACAGCCCGUCACAUCAGGCAAGCUCGACGACCACGUCGGCGUGGUGGCCAACCUCCAGGCGCUCAUCACGUUCUCGGAUGGCAUCAUGUCGGAGCGGCAGGACGUGGCGCAGUCGAUCACGCUGGAGAUGUCGGAGAAGAUCGUGUUCAUCCACCGAAUACGGAACGGGCGAGCCUCGCUCGUGUCCAUCUGCAAGAAAUCCAUCAAAAAGAGUAUCCACCUCCAGUACAUCGAAGAGACCGUCACCCUUCUCGAAAAGCUGUUCGUGCUGCAGUCCAACCUGAUGGCCGACCACUAG